AUGAACAAAUGCUUAAUCCUGAUCUACUUUCUCUCCCGUUAUGGAGGGGUGAAUGCAGGUUCUCACUCCUUAUGGAUGAUGGCAACAUACAUUAGAGGAAAGACUCCAUUUCCAGAAUUCACCGGAUAUGUGAUGCUGGAUGACAUUAUAUUCGGAUACUAUGACUCAAUCGAAAACAAAAUAAAACACAGAGACAUCAGUCCGGCGUCUGUCAGAGGAGCGGAUACAGAUGAUAUGAGUUUUGUUGGAUACUUUGUUGGAUAUGUUCAUGGGAGUAUGAAAGAUCGAGCUUCUUAUCUGAAGAACUACUUUAACGACACAAAUGAUAUUUAUGUUUUUCAAAGAGUUGCUGGAUGUGAGCUACUAGACGAUGAGUCCGGAGGAGUGAUGAUCAGUAAAGAUGCUUACAAUGGCGAUACUGUAGAAGUCGACCAUUAUGAUGUUGACAAUGAUGCUCUUCGCAUUGAACGGAGGUGGUCAAAUAUGGAGAAUGAGGGAUGGACCCACAGUAUGGACUUUCCCUUGCGGUACAGAAUGAUAUACCACCCCAACUGUAUCAAAUUUCUCAAAAAGCAUCUAGCCAAAGAAAGGAAUCGUGUGCUGAAAAAAGUUAAGCCCAGAGUCAGGGUCCUUCAGAGGGUACUACCAUGCUCUGCAGGUGUUCUGUUGACCUGCCUGGCCACAGGUUUCUACCCCCGUCACAUCAACCUGACCCUGCUCAGAGACGGCCAGCCUGUGUCUGACCACCAGAUCACUGGGGGGGAGCUGCUACCUAAUGGAGAUGAGACGUACCAGAUGAGGAAGAGCCUGGAGGUCAGCGCAGAGGAACUACAGCAUCACCACUACACCUGCACAGCUGAACACCUCAGCCUGGACAACAAGCUGGACAUUGAUUUGGAGUCUGUAGUGUAUCGCACAAACAAGACACCAACACCACCCCCGCCCCCACACCGGUCGGACGGCAACCGAUACCAGACCCCCACCUCCCCCCGCUCGGACGGCAACCGAUACCAGACCCCCGACCUACGACCUACCACCUUGACUAACACAUUUCCUGCGGGAAACCCUGAGCGAGAUUGGGACUUGGUAACUACACCCAUCAUGUCCUCUGCACUGGUGACUGUGUUGGCUGUGUGCUGCCUGGUUGGAGCUGGUAUCGGGGUCAUUAUCAGGUGGAGGAGGAAGUGUGCAGAUAAGGGCUCCCAGACUGCUGUGUCGAGUAACUACUCAGCUGCCUCAAUAUGA